CAACUUUGGCAAAAAAAUGUCCUCCAACGUCGCGCAAGGGUCCGAUGAAUAUCUACGACUAGCUUACUACUCCCCCACUCCUCCGCCAUCGCCGGCCAUCGCAGUUCACCAUUCUGGCAGCAACAACCUUUUCCUCUGUUGUUCUAUUGUCAUCUGCUCCGCCCAACUCUUCUCCUAAACUAAGACCCAAGUGAUAGAAGAUUUAAAUUUUUACAUACAACCCUAACCCUAACCGUAAUAAAAUAAAAUAAAAUAAAAUAAACAUGAGGGUUUUCAGAAAACAUCUAAAGAUGAGAUGAAGGAAAGAGAAAUACCUCUGGGAAUAGUUGUUGCCUCAGCAUGAUAAACAUCCCGCCAUAGUUGCCUUUCACUACAAGAAGCAGACUUGCCGCUCCUUUCACUUUGACUGCUAAUUUCCGAUUGAAUUCUCACACCAAACCCGGAGCUUAUCAAAACCGCAACAAUCCAAACCCUAAUUGUUCAAGCUCGAGUUCAUGGAAGGACACAGAAGUUCUUUUGUCACUCUCUCUCUCUACUGAUCAACGGAGGAGUAGUUGGGCCUUAAGUUUCUGAAGAUGAAGAUACAGGGUCUGUGCGAUGAAAGAAAUUGGAGGGGAGUGGUAGAAAUUGGGGAAAUUCAGAAAGUAAUACUAAAUUAAAGAGUAAAAUAAUUACUUUAUUUUUUAUAUUGAAAAAAUUAUAUCAUAAGUUAGAAAGAGGGACAAUAUAGUCAUUUCGUAUGUCAUUUAACGGUCAACUAAUGAAAAUACUGACAGAAGGGUAUGUUUGUUAUGUUGCAAUAAUAAAAGGACACGAAAAUGCAAAAAAAUAAUAGAAGGGUAUGUUUGUUCACUUGCAAAAGUAGAGGGUUAUAAAAUGUUAUUAACCCUUAAUCAAAUUGAUCUAAAAGUGAAGAAUUUGGGUCCAAUUCACACGCAAAAAUCUCUCCAAAAUCAAUUUGCUCAUCCAAACAAUCCUAACACUAUGUUCUGGAAGGAGAGAAAGGGAAGGAAAGGGAGGGAAUUGGGAGUUUCGAGGUAUUUUCCCCGUUCUCCAAGCCAUCAACAAUAAGGAGGGAAAUGAAAGAGGAGAGAAGAUUUCCUGUUCCAACUGACCCUCCAAAAUGGAAGGAAAGUUGCUUUCCUCUGCUCCACGUCUCUCCUUUCUUUUUUCUUUUCAUUUUCUUUUGUUUAUCUUUCCCAAUGAAAGGUAGUAAAUUAUUAUUAAAUGACAUAUAAAAACCAUUAAUGAGUAACAUUGAUUACCAUAAUUACUACGUUGGUAACUGGUAAGUAGUAGAUGAUAAAAAUUAUAUUUUCUCUUUUCUUAAUUAUAUAAGCUUUAGUAAUUAUCAUUCACGUUGUUCUUUAUUGUUAAAAGCGGGCUAUGUUAUGGUAUGUAAGUUUUGACAUAUAUUGUAAUUAAACUCCUACUUCUUAAUUGAUAUAAAAUAUUAAUCUUUUCAAUAUAAUUUGUGAAAGUAUAUUUCAUAUUUGCCAAAAAAAAAAAACAUAUUUCACAUAUUUCGAACUGUACGGGCGGCUCAACUAGACCACAACAGACCAAACCGAUCGAUGACACCAAAUUGAGUAGAAUGCGAUCUUACUUGGUCACAUGAAUUUUAUAAUUGUUGAAGGAAAAUUGAAACGAAUCAACAUUUGGAUUAGAUCAAAUGAGUGAUUUACAUCACGUAUAAUAUUCUUUUACGUUAUACAGAAAAUUGUUAUGUGAGAUAUUAAAGUGUGUUACUUUCCUAGUAAAAAUGACACCAGAGUGUGAAAUGUAUAUAAUGAAAGUUAUCUUGUAUCUUGUACAACUUAGGUAACCAAUUUUUAUGGGAAAAAUAUUAAAUCAAGUUAAAAUAAACAUUUUUCAAUACACAUUUUCCUUUCACUUUCCUCCAUGGAACAACAUUUUCUCUCCCUUCCAAAUGUUCCUUCCCCUCCUUUUCCCUCCCUUCCAAAUGUCCAUUCCUCUUCAUUUUCCUUCCUUCUUUCGAGAACAGAGUGUAAGUGAACAUCAUGGUAUUGAUUUGCAAUCACAAGAUUGAUAGUUGGUAAACCCCGUUGCUUUUAGUUUAUUCUUCCAAUUCUAACAUAUCCAAAUACUGACACAGCUCAUAUUUGCUCUGGCAUUAAUAUUUGGGGUAAAUGCCUAAAUGAUGUUUAAUUUUUUAAUUCGGCUUUUGUUACGGUUUUUUCUUAUAGUUUAGAAAUAUUUUUGUUGAUGUCAAGCUCUAAGGAGCCUGCUUCAAUGUGUUUAAGGUUCGGUGAGCGCUGACUUCUCGACCAACGUCCGCCACCAACAUUUGAGAUGGACACCUGCAAAAAAGGACCCGCCCGUGGUGGUCGGUGGGGACCUUCUACGAAGCUCAAGUUAGUAUUUGAUAGGAGAGUAACCGAGAGUGGCAUAUUGAGCCGGCUCUAGAGAGAUAUUUAGAGUUCAACCGAAAAAAUGAAUGACACAGAAAGUAUAAAUAAACAUCUUAUUUAUCGGCACCUCCUACUUCUGGCGUAUGAAGAAUAAUAAAAUAAAAAUAAUAUAUUUACCACCCAACCAACCCGAGUGCAAUGGAUGGUUGGCUACUUACUAAUUAAGUACGAUAGAAGAAAGAAAGUAAAAUACUUACCUUACUCGUCGAUGGUGGGGAGUAAAAGAGAGGUUAAACCUACCAUAACACUCAAGACUUUCCUUUCUUUUUCUUGACACAUGGUCACACAGGUGGUAAUAUUAAUGGCAAACAAUUAAUUAGUCCAACUCAUCAUUGCACCUCAUCUUUGUUACAGUGGAGUGGUAUGUGUACCAGUGGAGUGGUACAUGUACCAGUGGAGUGGUACAUGUACCAGUGGAGUGAUACGUGUACCAGUGGAGUGAAAGUGGAGAGUUUGAACAGUGGUGAAAGUGGAGAGUUUGAACAGUGGUGAACAGUGGUGGAAGCGGCGACAGAAUCUGAAGGUGAGGGCGGUACCACUAGGCGGCAGAGGAAACACACCAAUGGACUGGUACAUGUACCAGUGGAGUGGUACGUGUACCAGUGGAGUGAUACUAGUGGAGUGGUACUAGUAACCAUAUGUCCUGUUUAGGCUUAAAAAAAACUGUGAAGACUUUAUGUUUAUUCACAUUCGAAGGAUAAUUUAUUGCUUUUGGCAUUAUUGUUGGCAUUUCCCUGAUUUUGCAACCCAUUUUGGAACACAACUUUUGGCUACUAAUGGAAAGUUCCUAUUUUGUUGACUGAUUUAAAUGUUUAUUGUGUUGCUUGUGCCAGAAUUAUAUUUCAUGAUCAAGUAAGUAUGAGUAUUGGUAUAUUGAGGACAGUCUUAAUUAGUAUCAGUUCAGUGGUAUAAGUACCAGUAUAGUGGUAUAAGUACCAGUUAAUUGAUAUGUAUACCAGUCUAGUGGUAUAGUACAAGUUCAGUGGUAUAUAUGUACCACUGAAGUAGUAUGAUUACCGCUGAAGUUGUGCGAAGACCAUUUCUAUUAAUUACUCGUCGGCAAAGAUAUUUCAAUGACAUUGAAAGAAGUUAACCAAUAAUUACGAAAAAAGAAAAAUAAUAAAAUCAAUUCCAAACUUCAAAAGUGGUGGAGACCACAAUAUUUUCAUGACGAUGUAUUCCAAACUCCACUGGUACACGUACCACUCCACUGGUACACGUAUCACUCCACUGGUACACGUACCACUCCACUGGUACAUGUACCAGUCCAUUGGUGUGUUUCCUCUGCCACCUAGUGGUACCACCCUCACCUUCAGAUUCUGUCGCCGCCACUUAGGGUUGAUCGUAUCUCUACCGUGGAAGGACGGUGGUCAACAGGAAAAGAUCAAGCGCAGGCCGUGGAUAAGAGGAAGUUGUUGGAAGGUGAUGUUUGGGAUGGAAGAAGGAGGAUGGCAGAUGGCAGACGGCCGACGACAUGGAUGGUUGGACUUGUUGUAAGGGCGGGGGGGAUAUCUGCCAGCCGUGUAGUGAUGAACCAGAGCUAUGAUUCUCCACGGCAAUGGAAAGAAACAAGGGGAAAUAGCAGAGGAGGGAGGGGGGAAAUAGAAACAAGGGGAAAGGGAGUAGAAACGCCACAAUUUCCAUCGAGGUAUCCAGCUAAAUUGCCCCUUCCCGUGCAUAAUUAAUAUGACAGUUAAUCCUUUCUCCAUCCAUAUUUAUUUGGGACAGCCAUUAAUACUUGUCUAAUAAUUAAGUAUAAAACUGACCAAUCAAAAGGAGGGUGUCGAAAAUCACUACCCCUUUAGGGAUUAGCAUAGUAUCCGACCCCAUACUUACCUCUCAUCUUUUCCUUUCCUAAGUAUAAAUGAAUGGCAGUAGGGAAGUGGAUUGUUUGGGAUUAAUAAUUUGACGAUUAAUCAUGUAACCCAUCUACCUCAUGUCCACGUGUCCAGAGGAAGAGGAUUAAGUGGCCUUAUUUGCGUAUAGUAAGCAAGAAACUAAAUGUCAUUCACCCAGCCAACAAUUCUUCCCUUGGCACGUGUUGAUAAAAUAUGAGAUGAGUUGCUUAAAGAAACUUCAUUUUCCAUCACUUCCUUUGCUACGUGCAUGUCAUUGUAGAAACUCUUCAUGGCUGGUUAAUUAGAGUGACUCAUCUUGUUACUAGCUUGGUCUAUACCCGACCAUGAGAGGAGAAAUGGGGUGGAAAUACGCAGUUGCUUCAUUCCUUUCCACGUGGUUUUACCAUGGGGAAGUGGAUUUGGAGUGUAUGCUUGAUGUACAUAGACAAAAUACAAAAUGCAACGCAGUAUUAUUUGCUAGUAGCUCUAUAUGUAAAGAAGAAGUAAAAAGGUGUAUUUUGUAAAUUUUUGCUAUUGCUAAUUAGUUCCUGAUAAAAGUCAUGUGGUAUAUGAUGUCGGUUUAACACAUGGUCUAUCAAUUUCAUUCAAGUGUUGAUUGUUAUGGUUGUUAGUUCUUCCAAAAAAAUAAUAAUAAAUAUGAUGUUUCUUGCAUAAAAAUUAUCAAUUUUUCCCUUAGCUCCACUUCCUCUUUUACGAUGCACAAUGAUAAUUCCUUUCGCACGUAAGAAAUGAAUAAGAAAAAAAUAGGAUACCUUUGUCUCAAUUCUCUUGACGGAGAUAAUGACUGCUAUUGGUGACGAUUCAUCCUAUAUGGUGAUUGAUGAGCUACAAUAUUCUCACACAUUGUAUCGCCAAAUUUACCUAUCUUUGGUCAAAAUACACAUUUAACAUAAAUAUCCUCCUUUAGGAAACUAUGUUCUACUUGAUCCCCAUAGACGACAUCAAAAUCUGUAACCAUAAAAUCCCUUUCUUUCUAAUUUUUUGUAAUAUAAAUCUGUUAAUGAUUUUAUCGAUAAUGGAUGACUAGAUAAGAAAUGCACUUUAUGUUU